AUGAUUUCUGACUAUUUUCGUGAAGUCUUUGUGGUGGUGGUGCCCACAGUGCCGCAACCAGGCCGCAACCAGGCCGCAACCAGGCCGCAACCAGGCCGCAACCAGGCCGCAACCAGGCCGCAACCAGGCCGCAACCAGGCCGCAACCAGGCCGCAACCAGGCCGCAACCAGGCCGCAACCAGGCCGCAACCAGGCCGCAACCAGGCCGCAACCAGGCCGCAACCAGGCCGCAACCAGGCCGCAACCAGGCCGCAACCAGGCCGCAACCAGGCCGCAACCAGGCCGCAACCAGGCCGCAACCAGGCCGCAACCAGGCCGCAACCAGGCCGCAACCAGGCCGCAACCAGGCCGCAACCAGGCCGCAACCAGGCCGCAACCAGGCCGCAACCAGUUGUUUGGGCAAAGGAUGGAAUUGAGUGCGACGGUUUUUAG